AUGAGCCACGUUUUGUUGCUCGACCUGACGCUCAUUCUGUCCGCUGCUGCCAUCGUCAGCAACAGCAGCAACGGGUCCCAAACUCACAGGCUGCUCGUUGCCUUCCAGGCUCCCUGGAACAUGUCCUUCCCCUUCAGCGCCAGGCGGCUGGGCUCGGCCAUCCAGAUAGCCGUGGAGAAGGUGAACAACAACCCCUCCUUCCUGGGGAACUACAGUCUGGAUUUUGUUUACAAGGACACAGGCUGUAAUCCCAAAGAGUCCCUGGGAGAAUUCAUCCAGCAGGUGUGGAGGGAAAACGUGACGGCGCUCUUUGGUCCAGCAUGUCCAGAGGAAGCAGAGGUGACAGGUUUGAUCGCAUCAACAUGGCACAUCCCGAUGUUCAGCUUCGUGGGUCAGUCCUCCAAACUGGACGACAAUGACAUGUACGAUUCCUACAUUAAAAUCAUGCCCCCUCUUAAGAGAAGUUCGGAGGUCCUGGUGAAGACCCUGGAGUACUUCGGGUGGAGUCAUGUGGCGAUGAUCGGCGGGGGGUUGGAGUCUAACACUUGGGACAAAGUCGACGCUUUGUGGAGAACGGUGGAAAGCCCACUGAGAGCCAAAUUCAAACUGACUGCAGAAGUGAAGUUCGACACCAGCAACCCUGAUCUCAUCUCUCAAAACAUCAAGUACAUCUCAACCGUCGCCAGAGUUAUUGUGGUUUUGACGAACAGGGAAGACUCCAUUUCUCUGCUGCUGGAGGCUGAGCGUCAAGGUCUGAUGAACGGCGACUACGUGUUCUUCUUGGUGCAGCAUUUUGAGGACAACUUGUGGAAAAACGCCAUGAACAGCAGGAUGAGCCAAGCUGCCACAAGAGCGUUCGACAUGACGUUCAUUAUUGGCCAGAAAACCUACGAAGGAUACGAGUACUAUGACUUCUUCAAGCAAGUAUUUCAAAGGCUAAAAGGACAUCCCUUUUGGAGUAACCUGACAUCAGAGAAUGAGGUCAGCCCCUACUCAGCAUAUCUGCAUGACGCAGUACUGCUUUAUGCCAUGGGACUGAAGGAAGUUCUGAAAGAUGGGAAUGACCCGUACGAUGGCCGACUGCUUCUACAAAAACUGAAAACUACAGGCAACAUUCGAUUUCAUGGUGCCUCUGGACUCGUUCAUUUUGACGAAGAUGGGGAAAGGAAUGUGGACUAUUCAAUUUACGACCUGCAGUAUGUAGGGAACACCAUCUUGUUUGUGCCGAUCCUCCAUUUUGACAGUCUAACCAAAAGUGUCAGACCAACGUCUAUGUUGGCUUCUGUGGUUUGGCCCAAAGGAAAGCCCCCCACUGAUGUCCCAGAAUGUGGUUUUAAUGAUGAACUCUGCGAAUGGCUGACUAAUGAAAUUGCCCUGCUGGCCAUUCUGGUUACCUUCCCCAUCAUAGGUGUAGUGGCCAUUUUGUGGAUUGGCGUCCUCAUGUUGCAGAAGUUUCAGCUCCAAACGAGGCUUGAGGACUCCAAUUGGUGGAUGAUCAGCUACAGUGACAUUACCAUCAUCAGGGAGCCCUCAGGUCACCAGGGUUCAUCUGUAGGCUCCGCAGGAAGUCACAGUGGAAGCAGCAGCUGUCAGAGUUAUUUUUCCAGCAACAGCUACGACCUGAGGGACAAGAUGGGCAAAGAGAACAUCUACACCACCAUAGGUCUUUAUCAGGGAAAUCAAGUGGCCAUCAAGUACAUCAAGAGCCCUGCAAGUCUUAAUUACCAGAAACCUUCAAUCGUCGCAGAGUUCAACGCGAUGAAAGAGAUGAAGCAUGAGAACUUGGUGCAGUUCUUUGGUGUCUGCAUCGAGCCACCCAAUAUCUGUUUGGUCACCCAGUACUGCAAGAAAGGCAGCCUGAAAGAUGUUCUAAAUGGUUCAGAUGUUGAUCUAGAAUGGAUGUUCAAGCUGUCGUUUGCAUAUGACAUUGUCAAUGGACUGGAUUUUAUUCACAAAAGCAGCCUGAAGUUUCACGGGAACCUGAAGCCCAGCACGUGUCUGGUGGACAGCCGGCUUCAGAUCAAACUCUCUGGCUUUGGAUUGUGGGAAUUUAAAUAUGGAGAAAAAAACAAACUUGAUUUAAUAGAAAACCCCAAUUACGAAGAUCUGUACUGGAUGGCCCCAGAGCUUCUGAGACAUGUUGGUCUUCCAUGUAAUGGAACGCCCAAAGGUGACGUCUACAGCUUUGCCAUCAUCAUGUGGGAACUCAUGUACAACUCUAAAGCUGGUCCAUAUCAAGACAUCAACCUGGACCCUAAAGAGAUCAUAAUGCAGUUGAGGACGCCUUUUCAAGGAGAACCUCUUCGACCAGUCUUGUCUGACCAGUUUUGUGAUGAGAAGAUCAACGACCUCUUGAAGGCCUGCUGGAGUGAGAACCCUGACUAUCGCCCACCUUUUGCAUCCAUACGGAGGCGGCUGAGAGGCAUCAGUCCAGAGAGUCAUGCGAAUAUCCUGGACAACAUGGUGGAUAAGUUGGAGAAAUAUGCAAAUCACCUUGAGGAUGUUGUGGAGGAGCGGACCAAUCAGCUUACAGCAGAGAAAGCCCGGGCGGAUAAGCUUCUCUCCAGCAUGUUACCAAGAUAUAUUGCAGAUGAGCUGAUGGCAGGAAAGUCCGUGGAGCCGCAAAGCUAUGACAUGGUGACGAUCUUCUUCUCUGACAUUGUGGGUUUCACCUCCAUGUGUUCUGUCAGCUCUGCAAUGGAGGUGGUUACGUUCCUCAAUGACCUCUACAGCCUGUUUGAUGACAUCAUAAAGUUGUACGACGUCUACAAAGUGGAAACCAUUGGUGAUGCAUACAUGGUAGCUAGUGGCCUGCCUAUCAGCAAUGGUAACAAGCAUGUUUUGGAGAUAUCCAUGAUGGCUCUGCAUUUCCUGAGUUCAAUAAGGGUCUUCAAAAUCGCCCACAUGCCAAACCAGACUCUCGCAAUUCGGAUUGGCAUACACUCAGGUCCGGUGGUUGCUGGAGUUGUUGGUACCACCAUGCCUCGCUACUGUCUUUUUGGUGAUACGGUGAACACAGCAUCUCGCAUGGAAAGUAACAGCUUACCCCUGAAGAUUCACAUCUCCCAGUCCACGGCUGACAUUCUUGUCCAGGCUGGAUCAUUUGAGAUGGAAGAAAGAGGAGAAAUUGAACUGAAGGGUAAAGGAUUACAGAAAACCUACUGGUUGCUGAACAAAAAAGGAUUUAAUCCUACCGCUGUAGUCCACAACUCGCCAAAAUUGGACUGUCUCAAAAAACAAACGGAGAAACUUGGAGUGACCAGAGCGGCAGACAUAAGGUCCCAAAUCUUCCAGCCUAAAUCAACGAUGACUAAAGUGAACGUUUAA